AUGGAGGCUACGAACUCAACAACACGAGGAGCUUUCCAAUCUACAUCGUCCGCAGACAAGUUCGAUGGCGAAGACUUUAGCAACAAUCUCUUUACAGAUCUGGCCCCACUGCUGACACUGUUCGGCGAACAAGUCACAAAGCAGUUUCUUUCCCAAUCGAUGGGCUAUGCAGAUGAUAUACUCCUCGCGAUGGCACCCCUCGGAAUAUUGACUUGCGUCAUCAGCGCCAUUCGUGUUGGAGGCCGUCGGUGGCUCAGAGCGCUUGUCGGACGGGCCCGGGAAACUAGGGCAACCGCGGAAAUGGAGCUCUUGUCCUGCACCAGCGAUGCUGUCUGCGAACUCUGGAGUGGGACUGAGAUAGUACGAGAGCGAGGGGCUGCUCAAACGAAAGAGUUCAUUUACCGCAAGAUAGAUUCGAAUGACAGGCCGAAGGACGGAGAAGCCCACAACAUCAUUUUUGACCUCAAAACAGCCUGCGAGCAUGGGAUAAUGAUCGGCUCGCACCCCCGGUUGGACGACUCCAGGACCCGGACAGUAUCCAGGGAAGCGCUUCACGCCUUGAUGGUUCGGAACGCGGUCAGGAUCAUGAAGCAAGCACCUAACCUAACCCUCAACGUAUCGGAUGCGACGACGUCGCCUGCCAUAACUUGGGCCUUUGCGAUAUUUGGAAUCAUUGUGCAGGUUUGUGUACUUGCGAUCGCUGCGCUCGUUACAUACCACUGGCGAGUCCCUGCCCAGGGCUCCACGAUCGUGAGAUACGGCUUUCCCGUUUUCGCUCUAGGGACAAUGGUCCUCUCUGCAGGUAUCUUCAUUUGUUCAUAUGUCAUUGAGGCCCACACAGAGGAGAUUGACUUCAAUCUGGUGGAAAAGAUAGGGAACACCAAGAUCAUCAGGAUACAGCGAGCUUGCACAGUUGGUGAUCAGCGAUACGGAUCGUACGCAAUAAUGAAUGAGGAGGGCAGCCGAACCCUGCGCACUUCGCGAAUAAACGAGCCUCCCGAUUUCAGCAUAUUCUCUCUGGUGGCAGCAAGCAUGUCCAUUUGCGGCUAUAUUAUGCAGUUCAUUGGAUUGAGAGCGAUGCACUGGAGCGUCGCUGUCACGGUGCUCGGCGCUAUGUUAGUAAUGGCGUGCACCAGGGCAUUUGUUCGUCGUGGACUUGCCGCCAAUCCAAAAGUUGUUAAACUUAUGGAGGGGCAUGAGCUGUCUUGGGUCAUGAUGGAUGCUUGCGGAAUUGACUCUCUGAAGAUUACACCGGAGAUCUGGCUGGGCGUUGAUGGCUUGGUGAGCCAGCCUUGGGACCCGCGUUCCGACUUGCCGAACCCAGCCCUAGGCCAUAUGAGAAGCCUGCCAACAGACUGGCUUAUCCGGGCUAUGGUCGAGGGGCGGAAGGAAGUUGGGAAACUGGUUUCAUGGGGGGAUGACUGCAGUCACUUGGCACAUCAGCUUGCAACCGCAAUCACCGGCGUGCUUCAAUACAUCUCCGAUGAGAAUGAUGCAUUUGAAAUCAGGAAGAUUCCGCUUGUCUUUAAGCAACCGCCAAAGAAAGAAAACUCAGGGCAUGGACUAGCAGAGUAUCCGACUGCCAACGAUUUCAGCGCUGCUGUUGAAAGUAGGGGCUUUGAGGUUGCAUCUGGUCUUCUCGAGUACCGCCUUCCAGGCCAAGACACUACACUCGGGGCCGGCUUUCAGUGGAAGUGCGGAAUGAGUCUGAUGAGGCACAGGAGUGCCGAGGAGGAGAGACAUCAGUACCAGUUUCGAGCCCAGGCCGUGAGACCGAGGUACAGCGACCCAGAGAAAUCCGGCAGUGAUGUGGGUCGUAGUGCGUCUGUGUUUAGAUGGACUAUGGACGUUGCGUCUCUGACUGCGAUUCUGUCUCUCCUGGCAUUUACCUCAGCGAAAUCCUUGGACCCCGACGAGAAAUCAGGGAAGGCGGUGCGGCUCCUUGGAAGGGGCUGGGAUGUUCCUAUCCCAACGCGGUUGCUAUUCACAGGAGCGCAUGAGCCAGAAACAGCAUUAAGCGGCCUAGGACAACACCAACCAGCUAUCGGACAGGAGUUAGAAACAUGCUCCGGCCAUGAUGGACGAGCAGAGCAAUAUCAACUAACGGAUUUCUAUGGUAUCUGGAUACGUCGACCCAGCCCGGCAGUCUUCGAGUGGUCUCAGGUACCGCCAUCCAUAAAUCGUGAUUUCAUUUUUGGAGGAAGUCUUGACGGAGUAUCCAGGAACGUAAGACGAGAAGCCAUCCUACAAGCGGAGAACAGCACCCGGAAACACCUCGCGACCCACGACAACCUCAAGGCCAAUGGCUUUCGAGAGAUAAUCAAGCCUCUGUCUAGGAUUCUAUCGCAUGUUGCUCCAGAUGGGCGCCGGCUGCAUGCGGAUCAGUUCGAGAGAGCAAAAGGAAUAUACGUGAGCCAUUCGCCCGCUCGCCUGUACGCACAGGAGAUCUUCACCGAGUUCAUGCUGCAGCUUGCGAGCAGAACCACCGAGAUACGAGGCCACACCCGACGUCGACCACCUCUACCAGGUGAUCGUCCGGACGAGCCCAGAUGGGGCCACAGCGUCAUCUCGAGGCUGGCGGAUAUAGUCCGGGACUCGGGGCUUGCGGCUGAUGAAGAGGAGGCCUAUAUUCUAGUCGUUCCUCCGUUGCACGCCUACGGGCUGUUACCGACCAAUCCCAAACUCGCCGAUGAUGGGUCUGACUUGUCUGCGCCUGGCGAUGCGAUUGGGGUUCCUUUGCCUCAAGGACGUGGCCGGGAAAGAGAGUAG